AUGCGAUGUCAUGGAAAAAUGAAUUUAUAUAUUGAAGAAAAUGUUGUUCUUAAACGUUUGCUUGAAUCAACAACAACUGAAAUCAAACCACCUAGUCGAUCAUCUGUGGAUCAAUCACAAUUACCAACAUCCAUCGAAUGUUUUAUUUAUUCAAAUUUUACAAAUUCAAGUGAAUGCAAACCAGCACGUCGAAAAACAACAACAGAAAAAGAAAAUUGCUCAUUUUAUACAACAUUCAUUAACAUUGAUCCAAACAAUUUAUUAACAAAAAUAGUAUGUUCAUAUUAUGAAAAUUCUCCACAAUCAAUUGAAAAAUGGAGAUUUAUUGAUGGAAGAAUUCAUUUAUUAAAUGAUCGUGUUAGUUAUUUAGAUUAUGUGUCCUACGUUUGUAAAACGACAAACAAUUGUAAUUCAUUAGAAAAUAUUAAAAAUAUACAAAGCACAUAUAAAAUUGAAUUUAAUUUUGAUAAAUUUUUAGGACCUAUCGGUAUUGGAAAUAGUAAUAUAUACUAUUCGAAAUAUAUAAUUUAUUUUGUAAUGGCUUGUCGCUUAAUCUAUUAUUUGUAA